AACACUACUAACAACAUGCCAAAGGAGGCCACACAUGGCGAUGACAACAACGACGGUGAAUCACUGGAAUUGGUCAUAUCUCAGCUGCCUAAAGCGAGUAGUUGGUUGAAACAUGGUUUAACUUUAUACCAAAAUUGUUGGUUGCCAUCCAAUAUCAUCUCCAACAUCAUCUCCUUCCAAAAACAAUUCAAACCCAAAGACGAUGACAUAAACUUGGCCUCCAUUCCCAAAUCAGGCACCACUUGGCUCAAGUCCCUUUUGUUUUCCAUUCUCAACCGCAACCAACACUAUGAGCAACACCCCUUGCUCACCACAAGCACUCACCAUCUCGUGCCUUCUUUCGAGUACUCGCUCUAUUCCAAUCCCAAGCUCCAUGAUCUGAGUACUAUGCCAAGCCCUCGUCUGAUCUCGACUCACAUUCCCUAUGCAUCUCUUCCUGAUUCUAUCGAGCACAGCUCAAAGUCUCGGGUCGUCUACAUUAGUCGAAACCCUCUCGAUGUGAUCGUAUCGAUGUGGCAUUUUGCAAACGGUCACCCGGAUCGUUGCUCGCACGAGUGGAGUGUUGAAGAGUGUGUGGACGUGUUUUGUAGAGGGGAGACUGUGUUUGGGCCGUAUUGGGACCAUGUUUUAGGGUUUUGGAAAGCAAGCUUGGAGAAGCCUGAGAAAGUGUUGUUUUUGAAGUAUGAAGAGUUGACAGAGAACACUUUUGGUCAAGCCAAAAGGGUUGCAGAAUUCGUAGGGUUUCCUUUCUCCGAAGAGGAAGAGAGUAAUGGAGUUGUUGAGGAAAUAGUGGAGAUGUGUAGCUUGAGUAAUAUGAAGGGUUUGAAUGUGAAUAAACAUGGCUAUGUUAGGCCUAAUCUUGGUAAUAAACUUUUCUUUAGAAAAGGCCAAGUGGGUGAUUGGAUUAAUCAUCUUAGUCCAUCUAUGGUGGAACGUGUGAACAAUGUAAUGAUGGAAAAAUUGAGUUGUGUGUCAUUCAAAAUGUCUUAG